AUGCAGAUCAGAGCGUCGCUAUGCAGGCACGAAGGCUCACCAGAUGGGUACCUCACGUCGCUAGAAGUGUUCAAGUACCCCUGGCUGCACACUGAGAUGAAGCUCAUCAGCAAUCUCAUGCUCUGCCUGGCCGCGUUGCUCGCCGCAACAACCGCCACCAGCGACAACUUGACCGACCUAGUGACCUGGGAUCCUUACAGCUUGACAGUCAACGGCGAGAGAGUCUUUAUCUCUGCUGGUGAAUUCCACUACGAGCGACUGCCAAAUCCAGUCUUGUGGCGAGAUGUGCUGGAGAAAUAUAAGGCCAACGGCCUGAAUGCAGUCAGCAUCUACUUCUUUUGGUCAUACCACAGUGCUCGAAGGGAUGUCUUCGACUUCACCAGUCCUGGCAAGGAUAUCCAGCAGCUUCUUGACAUUGCCAAGGAUGUAGGCCUUUAUGUCAUCGCAAGGCCAGGUCCGUAUUGCAAUGCUGAGACCAAUGGCGGAGGGUUUGCUCUCUGGGGCUCUGACGGUCAAAUGGGGAAACUCCGAACAAACGACGUGGCGUAUGAACAAGCCUGGCAACCUUGGAUCGAAGCUGUGGACACCAUUUUGGCCAAGAAUCAGAUUACUCAUGGUGGGAAUGUUAUCCUCGUGCAGAUCGAGAACGAAUUGCAAGAGACUAAGCACGACCCAACGAACACCCUAGUUCUCUACAUGGAAGCUUUGGAGAAUGCUACUCGAGCUGCUGGUAUUACCGUACCUCUGACCCAUAACGAGAAAGGCGAACGAAGCCAGAGCUGGUCAACGGACUACCAGAAUGUCGGCGGCGCGGUCAAUGUCUAUGGCUUGGAUUCUUACCCAGGUGGCUUAAGCUGUACGAACAUCAAUUCGGGAUUCCAAGUCGUCCGAAACUACUACCAAUGGUUCCAAAACUACUCUUCCAGUCAGCCUGAGUUCCUGCCGGAAUUCGAAGCUGGUUAUAUUCUAGGAUGGGGCACCUACUUUGCAGAUCAGUGCCUGGCGGAGCAUGAUCCAGCAUUUGCAGAUUUCUACUACAAGAACAACAUUGGCCAAAGAGUUACCAUGCAGUCACUGUAUAUGGCAUUUGGAGGCACUAAUUGGGGCAACCUUGGAGCUCCAGUAGUCUACACGAGUUAUGACUACUCUGCUCCUCUUCGUGAGACCCGCGAGGUCCAGCUCAAGUUCAAGCAGACAAAACUCAUCGGAUUGUUCACCCGCGUGUCGCAAGAUCUACUGAUGACCGAAAUGGAAAGCAAUGGAACGGGCAACGCUGUAAGCUCUACUGGCGUGUACUCUUGGGUACUUCGGAAUCCGAACACAAAGGCAGGCUUCUACACUGUUCAGCAAGCAAAUUCGGCAUCCCGAGCUGUCAUCUCGUUCUCCGUCUUCCUUGAAACGAGUAUCGGCGCGAUCGAGGUACCGUCGGUCUCGCUCAAUGGUCGGCAAAGCAAGAUCCUGACAAGCGAUUACCAUUUCGGCAAGCAUACCUUACUGUAUAGCUCAGCUGAUAUCCUGACUUAUGGCUUGUUCAAUCAGGCUGUGCUUGUCAUGUACGCAGACGUGGGUCAAACCAGCGAGUUUGCCUUCACGGACCCGAAACCACACACGACUUUUCAUACCUACGGCACGGCGAAUGUUUCAGCGACUAUCGCACAAAGCGGCAGCAACAGCACGAACAAUCCAUGUGAGUACACUAAGUACGUUUAUACUCAGACUCAAGGCUCGACUGUGCUACGCUUCUCGAACGGCGUUGUAGUAUAUCUGCUGGACACAGAGACGGCAUGGACAUUUUUCGCUCCAUCAACCACUACCAAUCCGAAUGUGGCACCGCACGCGCAAGUUUUUGUGCUUGGACCUUACAACGUACGCAACGUCACCACUUCUCGCAACACUAUCUCUCUGAUUGGCGACAAUGCGAACACAACAGGCAUAGAAGUGUAUGCUGGAGCCAGUGCGAACAAGAUUUCCUGGAAUGGCAAGGCGUUGGAUACCAGGAUGACGGCCUAUGGGUCUCUCAUCGCAACUGCUCCUGGUGCGAGCGCUCGCAAAAUCGAACUACCAUGUCUGACCUGGCUCGUCGCCGAUUCUCUGCCAGAAGCACAACGUCGAUACGACGACACGAAGUGGCGAGUCUGCAACAAGACGAGCUCGCUCAGCCCCACCGCUCCACUGACAUUGCCUGUCCUGUUCAGCUCUGAUUACGGGUACUAUGCUGGCAUUAAGAUCUACCGAGGCUACUUCGAUGGUCAAGCUAUAUCGGCAAACGUCACCGCACAAGGUGGUGCCGCGGCCGGUUGGUCGGCAUGGCUGAAUGGCAGAUUCGUGGGUGGUAAUACUGGCAAUGCCACUCGAUGGUCGAGCUCCGCGCUGCUAGACUUCAACAAGGCUACGAUGUACAACACCAGCAAUGUUCUUACGGUGGUCACAGACUAUACUGGUCACGAUGAGACCUCCACAGGCUCUGGCGUGGAGAACCCACGAGGGUUGCUUGGUGCUAUGCUUUACGGAAGCCACAACAGUACCAUGAAUUUCACACAGUGGAAGAUUCAAGGUAAUGCUGGAGGUGAUGCCAACAUUGACCCUGUGCGUGGACCGUUGAACGAAGACGGCUUAUACGGAACACGCCUUGGAUGGCAUCUCCCCGGCUUUGAGCCUACAGGCGCAGCCUGGAGCAAUGGUUCGCCUUACCAGGGUUUGAAUGCCAGUGGUAUUCGGUGGUACAUCUCAAAGUUCAGUCUGGACAUCGAUGCUGAUCUGGACGUUCCGCUCGGCAUAGAAUUCGAUGCUCCAGCAGGGACAAUGGCUAGUCUGCAACUUUACGUAAAUGGUUAUCAAUAUGGAAAAUACAUCCCACAGAUAGGUCCACAGACUCGCUUUCCGGUACCACCAGGGGUAAUCAACAAUCAUGAUGAGAAUACGAUUUCUAUCGCCCUUUGGGCACAAACCGAUGCUGGGGCACGUCUGACUAAUUGCACACUUUUUGCGUACAACCAGUAUCAGACUGGCUUCAGCUUCGAUCAAGAUUGGAGUGCGUUACAGCCCCGCUAUACUCCUGAUCGUCUGCAGUAUAUGUAG